AGUCGAUCAGCUAACGUAAUCGUGAACGAACAAUCAACUGUUUUACACUGAUGUAGUUCCGCCUUAGCCCACUUGGACUUUCUGGUUGAAUAUUUCAUCUGUAGCCAGCUAAUUACCCUGUGAUUAACCGCAAACUAGACGCCAGUCCAACCCUCGCCGUGGAACCAAUGCAGCUCGAGUUGGUCUCUCUGAUUGUAAUUACGCCUUGGCGCGUAUCCAUACCCCGGUGACUCAAAUACCAUUAGACUCGAUGCUUGCUGUUCCUGGGACGCUGGUGAUGAAGCCGACCCAGAUCUAACUGAUAUACACUAGCGGAAUGCGAUUGAUUCGCAGGUAAGCACUUGAGUUACCUAGGAGAAAAGAAGAGACGCAUCUCUCAGCGUUUGUGGAGAAGCUGGAAACACGAUCGGAUCGUACCACUAUCCAUCUUCGUCGGAAAUUAACUUUAUAACUAUGGAAGGUAGAGACCUGGAUGGCGUUGAUAUCGACCGAAGUCACACUGCGGCAGCUGGAGUGAGUCGAAGAGCCGCUCCAAUAUAUAUACAUACACCUGGGACUAGCCCAAGUCAUGGAUAGGAAGGGAAACUUGAGCCAGUCACGUGACACAACGCGGGAAGGUGGAGGAGGACGAGACGGAGGGAGGCAGUUUCUGUCCCCGGAAACAACAAACCUUGACAGGGCCCCAAGCCUACAUGGAUUGCACGCUCAGAGCUCAACGGAAACAAGUGGAUUAGGAGAGACCAUAACUUCAGGAUUUUCUUCACAGGAAAGUAUACACAGUUUAAGAGGUUCGACCCGGACGAGGGGGGAUACGGGGGGAUUGAGUCUAACCCCCGAGGAAGCUGAAGCCCAUAGGCGUGAGUUACAAGCCCGGAGUACAGGCCGGGAGGAUAUGAAAACGGAUAGUAAGAAAAAUAGAGACCGGUCAAGGAUGAAUGACCAUUACAGUAGCGGCCCUGGCCACGCGAACUACAGCGAGUACUUCUCCCAGGGUACUGCUGUUAUGGAUACAUUGUCCCCGAUGGGGCUCCAGCGGGAGCAUAUAGAUGAGGAGUGGGACAAAAGAAGUGGGAGCCGGAGGAGCUCCGCCAUCAGCAGGUCCUCCCAGGGGGGCUCCACCAAGUCCAGGAGUUCCGUCAGGGCCAAGUUUCUUGGAGCUUCUCUUGGAUCCCAGUGGGCCAAAUGGUCACGUGACAGACGGGCGUCUUUUCGACGUCGUGUCGAAAUGAUAGAAAAUUCCGAACGGAAAAAGGAAAGGACUUCCACGCCUGUUAAAAAAGCAAGACAGGAAGGAUUAAAAUUUGUUCAUCCGGAUUUGGAACGGAAAUACCUUUCGGAAGAUGACAUCAAGGAGUUAAGGAGACAUAAACAGGAGCAAUACAACGCUUACCGGGUGAUAGAAAAAGGGAAAAAGAAAAACCGGUUUAAGUCUGAGGUUCAGCUGUCAAUGCAUCAAUGGCAUGUGCUUAGCGAGUUCUGGGAACACGAAGUGUUUGUGAGGUUACGUUGGCUGGGAGUGUUUGUCAGCAUGGUGACAGUCUUGGUGAUGAUCGUCAGCAUCACCAACUCCUACUGGCACUCGUACGAACUGAAUCCACCACACAGUGUCUUGAACUUGUCGAUACACGAAGGAUUGUGGGUAAACUGCACUAACGCCUCCAAUGCAACAUCACCUGAUUUUAUAUGCAAUGCAACGGAAGGGAGAGAUUGGCAGAAUGCUGUGGUGGGGUUGAUGAUAUUUGCCGCGACGUUUGGCUUCGUGGCGUCCAUGCUGUCUAUAUGCGGCGUAUGCACCACACCCCUUCCCAGGAAAAUUUACUACUUCCAUUCCGCUGGAGAAAUAUUCCUCGUUUGCGCCUUAAGUACGGGCGUCGCCUUGAUAAUCUUCCCUGUGGCAGUAGAACUAGACCACACCAUCCUCUCCCACCGGUACGGCAUCGGCUACGGCCUCGGCUGGGGAGGUGCCUUCUUCUUCUUUGCAGCCGCCAUAUGCAUGACCUUGGACGAGUUGGUGCGAGAGUCUGCGAGAGUUAAGUGUUGCAAGUGGUGUUGGAAAGGGAGCGGUUCUGAGAGGACAGAGUUGCGCCAAGUCUGAUAGAACGCUGCCUGUAGAGGCAAAAGGCGUAUAAAAUACUGAUGUGUGAUCACCUGUUCCAUCAUUCGUCACCACUCGUCCCUUUCCGUAAUCUCCAAGAAGACGGUUUGUCCCGGAAUGGUUGGUCACGUAUGAUGUUCCAUAGGUUCAAGACCGGACCAAGACAAUCCAGUUGCUUAUAACAAUCCACUUCUUGUCUGAAAAUAUGUGAGAUUUUGCUGAUCUUGAGUCAAGGAGAAACAUUAGGUUCGAGGUUUCGCAAGGAUAGAAAGUAAGAUGAGAUAAAAGAUUUUUAAACAGAUAUCAAGAUAUGGUAUUACGAUUCACAAAAAAGAUGUUUUGGAGCGACAAGAGAUGUGUGGAUUGUUUCGUUUUCAAUUAAAAUAGUUGUGUUUGAAAGCAAAAUGACGUCAUACAAAGACCUUAGUCUGGAGUUAUACGUUGGGAAAAGGUUUUCCGGGACAAGAUUCUUAUCAUUCGGAACAACUCGGAUCUUUCCGGGAGUUAUCGGAAAGAGACGAGUAGUGGCGAAUGCAACAAUUGCAGAGACCUUUUCAAAAUGGAUUGUUGAAUUUUGAACCCAGGAUGAAAUAUCAGAAUGUAAUAUUCGAAUUAAGCUACUAGGACGGUAUGGGACAGGAUACAGGUCCAUAAGGCUUACACGCAAACAGGAUACAGUACCACCGGGAUUUUACGUCAACAGGAUACAAACCCACUUGGCUUAAACGUGAACGCUAUAUACGUCUCCUGUGAUUAUACGUGAACAGGAUACAAGUGAACUGGGCUUAAACGUGAACAGGAUACAAGUAGCUGGGCUUAAACGUGAACAGGAUACAAGUCAAUUUGACUUGAACGUAAACAGGAUACAAGUGAACUGGGCUUAAACGUGAACAGGAUACAAGUGAACUGGGCUUAAACGUGAACAGGAUACAAGUCAGCUGGGCUUAAACGUGAACAGAAUACAAGUCAAUUUGGUUUGAACUUAAACAGGAUACAAGUCAACUGGGCUUGAACGUGAACAGG